UACGAAGACGGCCGCUUCUCUGUCGUGCUGGACAAGGGCACGCUGGACGCGCUGAUGACCGACGGCAGCGAGGCGGUGCGGCGCCGCGUCGACGCCAUGUUCGGCGAGAUCUCGCGCGUGCUGCGCGUCGGCGGACGCUACGUCUGCAUCUCGCUCGCGCAGGAGCACAUUCUCGCGAAGGUGCUCGACUAUUUUCCCAGCCGGGGCUGGAUGGUUAGGGUACAUAAGCUUACUGAUGCCGAUGAGGAUAAGGAGCAGACUAGCUACUUUCCAGUGUUCGUGUUUGUAUUCACAAAGUUUAAGAAGAUGGCAAACAUGACAAAGGUGCUUGAGAUGUGCAUGUACGACGACGACAAGGUGACGCGCGUUGCGGACGAGGGAGAGAUCGUAGCAGCGGUGCAUGAGCUGCAGCAGUAUGCUCUCGUCAGGCAGCAGCUACACACGAGGAGUCACGUUGGGGAGCAGAUGUCGCUGCAGCUGCACGCCGCUGCCUCCGCGCAGACGCCGCGAUACACGCUGCACGUCGUCGACCGACCAGUCGCCGCCGGCGACGCGGCGUUCGCAAUAUUCAUCGUGCCCCAGGGAAGAGCGACGGAGUGGAUGUUCGGCAGCGAUGCAGGCCGGCUACAGCUCGCGAAGCAGUGCGGCUUCCGGCGCGUCAUUGUCACGACGCUGCACCGCGACCAGCACUACGAGGGACUCGAGGCGAUCAAGGCAGAGCUCUCGGCUAAAGUGCUGGAGCUCGCACCCGCGGGAAUGCCUGCCAAUACUCAGGUUCCGUUCCUGUCCGUCGGUGCCGACAUUGGACGCCGCACCACAGUUCAUCAAGGUCACAGCGAGCUCAGCGGCGAUUUUGUCGUCGAGGACGUGGAAACGGAUGCGGGACUGUUCAGACGACUCGUGUUUCUUAGCAACCAGAACGUCGUUCAGUCGGAGGCCAAGCUUGUAGCCGUCAGCAAGAAUAACAAGAAAAAGAGAAAGAGUAGUGGCAAGCUGUCUAUUGAUACCAGCUAUCUGUCUUGCCAGCAUCAUCACUACAUGGUUUCUGGAAUCGCUUUCGUUGACGCAAUUAGCGCAGAUGAGAAAAUGGAAGCGGUUGUCGUAGGUUUGGGAGGAGGAGCGCUAGCUAUGUAUCUACAGCAAUAUUGCGAGGUGGCAGUUGAAGCUGUAGAACUGGAUCCAACCAUACUGGACGUAGCAGUCAGAUUUUAUGGCUUUACAAUGAGUGAAACCCUUAGGGUUGAAGUCUGUGAUGGCUUGGAUUACAUCCGGAAAUUAUCUAAGGAAGGCUCAAAGAAACACAUGGUGCUUUUGGAUGUCGACAGUAAAGACUCAUCGGUCGGCAUGAGCUGCCCACCGGCCUCAUUCGUCGAGCGAGAGUUUCUUCAGACUAUCUACAACGUCUUGCACGCAAAGAAUGGCGUGCUCGUGCUGAAUCUCGUCUGCAGGGAGGAAGCCCUGCGCAGCCUCCUCAUCGAGACGGUGAGCGCGAUCUUCCCGCUCGUCUACACUGCGCGCGUCCCCGAGGAAGUCAACGAGAUCGUGUACGCGUGCCGGCGUGACGCCGCGACGACGCAGCGGCCGCUUCCCGCCGCGCUCGAGCGAGUGAACGCCGCCGCGACGCGUAAUGGAGCGCGGGAGAAGCUGACGGACGUCGCGGAGCUGCUGGAUAAUCUGACGCUUCACGGUGCGCGCGCGACGUGACGCGGCGGCGGCGUCGUCGCACGAGGGCCUCGGUGUAGCCCUGUUCACCGGCCACCUGACUGACGUCUGUGUAGAUGUCCAGUGUGAUCGAGAGAGUGUGGAAAAGUGCCGAAAAAAGAUCCAGACGUGGUUCCAGAUCGAGAUUCGGAUCUGUAUCGAGACUCGGAUCCAGAUUCAGAUUGAAAUCCAGAUCCAGGUCCAAAUCUAGAUCCAGAUUCAGAUCCAGUUCCAGACCCAGCUUGAGAUCCUAAUCCAGAUCCAGUUCCAGAUCUAGGUCCAGAGCCCUCAAAUCAUGUAGAAUAAAUGUUUUAUAACUAUCGGG